AAAAUAUAAUAUCCAUGUUGAAGAGAGAUUUACCAGUCUUUCUAGUUUCUUUGAUAUUGUGAUUGUAGUCUAUGUAGGAGGUCGAGAACCAUUUGAACAUGAAUGUAUAUUUUAUUUGAUAUUCCCUUCAAUUCUUUAGUCAUUCUAAUAUGAAAGCAAAAGUUUAAAUAGAUUCUAAUCAAAGUUCUCAUUUUUUUGAGUUUCAACUCAUAUUAAAAUAUUUAAAAUUUUGUUGAACAAGAACGAGUCCUUGUUAUCCAUAAAGCAGUGGAACACAAGUUUUGAUCACGUGACCACACUAUUCAGAAUUUCAGAUCAGAAACUACAGUGAGUGCUUUUACAGUGUAAAUAGCAGUGUACAUAGAUUAUUAGGAAGAUGAGCACAACAGCACGUACCACUCGUACGAGUGGGAAAGCUACAAAAACAGAGAACAACAGUAUUCCGGUCAAGCCGCCAAAAUCGGAAGUUAAAACAGAACCUGUCAAAACAUUGCCAACACCCGAUCAACUUCGUUUUGCACAAAUUAUUGGUUCGAAAAGUGACGAUGCUACUCUAAAACAGAAAAUAAAACAGGCGAUGGAUGCCACCAGGAAAACAGAGGAUGAAGUCUCUACAGCUUUAUUUGACUGUGAUAAUGAUCUGAACCGUGCAAUUACAUAUUUGCUGGAAGACGGCGAUCAAAGGCAGAGCGAAUGGCUUACAAAGAGCAAAAAGAAGAAGAAUAGGACAGCGAGUGUGUCGAAGGCGGACGGUGUACUGAACAAUCACGUGAGCAGUGGAGAGGGCGACGAAGACUGGGACACUUGCACAGCGCCUCCGGAGGCGGUGAGUGGCGGAGGUGGUGGAGGCGGCGGCGGAGGCGGCAGCUCAAUGGGCGGUCGAGGACGCGGAGGCGGCGGUGGCCAGGACAGCAGGGAGCGACCGAGGCAGCGCGGCGGAGGCGGCGGUCCUCCACGCAUGCGCGGCCGCGGGUCUUCAGACAACAGAAGCUGGCGCGGUAGAGAGAACAAGGAGAACGAGCGGAACCUGGAAGACGGAUACAGUGGAGGUGGUGGCGGAGGCGGUGGUCAUAGACGGGAUCGCCCCGGACGUAUGUCGAACGGGGGCGGCGGAGGCGGAUCGUCCUCCAGAGGCGGCCGUGGCGACCGCGGCGGACCGCGCACAUUCCAGGGACGAGGUGCCUCAAAAAGUAAUCAAAACUUUUCUUGUCCUAUUGAAACAUGGAGUAAUCCAGGUGCAGAACAGGGUGCUGACAAAGUAGGUUUUCCAUCGCCCGAAGACUGGGACAAUGAAGAGUAUACGGGAUCACUGGCUGAUAGUAAGGUAUUUACUCCUUCAACUGGCCCAGAGCCGGCCAAGCCGGAAGAUGAUAGUUUGGAUGCCAAUUCUUCCGCAACACCGACGCCUGGGUUAGGAGAUUCACUCGCCCAGGAACAGUCGUCGACCCUAGAACAGCAACCAGUCACUCAACUUUCCUCAAGUCCAGUUGGAGUUGGAGUAAAUACUUUAACACCAGAACAAUCUCAAUACCUAAGUCAGUUGACUCAGUCCCUCAACUACAACAACGGGUUGAAUAGCACUUCGGUUGGAAGUGUGAAUUCGACCCAGUCUCAAUACCUGAAUGACAUAACGCAGCCUUCAGAAUACAAAAGUGCUAUGAUAAAUUCAAGCUCGUCGCAGUCAUAUUCAUCCAUUCCUCCAAAGCCCGCUGUUACACAAGCUUCUUACCCAACCACUUACCCAACCACUACCUCAGUUACUUCCACUUACGGCUCAAAAGUCAUGUACAACAGUAUUCCUUCACAAGAACUGAAUUCGGUGCCCUCUCAAACCAUUCCAGCAAAAAGUAAAUCACAGAGACCCAGGGUACCACCUCCAUCAAAGAUACCAUCAUCGGCAGUGGAAAUGCCUCCCGGAGAUUCGGUGAACAGCAACCUGGUAUUCAUGGAUGCGUUCGGGGCACUGGAGUUCGGCUCGGGCGAGACGACUCUGGACACCCUGAACGAGACCAGUGCGGCACCUGCCGCCCCUCCCGCCUCUGUGGUCCCCACCACUCCCACCCCCACCACCUCACCUAUGGACUCGUACACUGUAACAAGCACUAACUCUUCCCAGCAGCAGACUAGCAUAGCUAGCGCGCCCACUCAAUCGCAAAAGAGCUCGAGCGGAGGCGGCGAAUCGUUGAUGGCUGCGGCUGCGUCGGAAGCGGCUGCAGUGGUGUCGAGUGGCGGCGGUUCCUACUCUAGCGGCGGAGGCGGCGGAAGUACGGCAGUGCGAUCAGUUGCCGCCACCACGCCGAGCAUCGCCGAACUGAGCAGUGCGGCGAAACCGACCGACGUGUCAUCACUCACCUAUUCGGCCACCGCUUCAGAGUCGCCCAGCAUCUACCAGUCGACGGCCACCGUCUAUCAGAAAACGUCGGCGCCCGUCUACCAGACACCCGCCUCUACCUAUAACUCGGCUAGCUACUCCACGUCAUCGCAGGUGACGUCCAGCGGCGCAAGCGCUUACAACAACUCGGGAGGUUACGCAUCUGGGGGCAGCGGGGGCGGCUACACAGCCACCACCACACAGUCGGCCUAUCCGAGUUCGAGCAACUACAGCAGUUCGGUCACUCAGCAGACACCGGGCAGCGGCGCAGGCACCUCCUAUCCCUCCUUCACCAGCUACCCCUCCAACUAUCAGACCACCGCCUACGCCUCGCAUACGGUGCCCUACGGCGCGUCCUACCCCUUCCAGAACAGCUACUCGUCCAGCCAGCCGACGGCUUCCAAUCACAAAAUUGGCUCCAAUCUCAGCUCAAACGUUUCCAAAGACUCUCAGUACGACUCAGUGCCCGCGUCGAGUGCAAUGACAGCGCCGGCUUCCAUCACACCCGUGUCGAACACAAGCGUGACGCCGUCGCUCGGCCUGUCCGCCAACCAGCAGGCGGGCAGUGCUGCCAACAAGGUGGCCGCCUCCAUGAGCAAGGUGCAGAACAUGCCGCCUGGCGUCCAGCCCCUCGUCAGCACCCAGUACAUGAUUGGUCAGGCGGCCGGCACCCUGCCCUACUACCAGCAGCCGCCUGCCGCUGCCCUCUUCAGCUACGACGACUUGCAAAUGCUGCAGCAACGCAUUCCGCAACACGUGCCUGCAGGAUACUAUGACAUGGGAUACCAGCCUCAGACAACGCUAGCAACAGGCCGAGAGGGUCUAGGCAGUGUGGCCUACACAAUGCCAGAUGCCAGGUUCACAAGAGCUGAUAACAACACGUCUCCUGUUCCGUCUACCUUGUCCCAACAGAGUGGAGCGCAGGGCGGCGGUGCACCACACCAGCCGAUGAUGGGGCCCGGACCGUACUCGUCUGCGUUCUACCUGUACGGCACGGCCGCACAGCUGUUCCCGCCGGGCAACUACCAGUACGCGGCCGCACCGCCACCACCCCCGCAACUGUACACGCCCGUCGCAGCCGCCACACAGGCAGCACAGGCCAGUCAGGGCCAUGCCGGCCAAGCCAAUUCGGCCCAGUACGCUAACAAGGGUCCAGCAGGCACAUACAGCUCAGUGGGCUACGGCUCGGGCUACGAUACAAACAGUGGAGGCGGCGGUGGCGGUGGAGCGGGUGCAGACUACACGACGGUGAAAGUGGGUGGAGGCGGUGGGGGCUCAUACAGCGGCCAGUCCAGUCAGAGCAAGUCGGGCAGUGGCGUCGCUACGCCCGCCAACACUGCCAAUCAGGUUGUGCCCGCCGCUGACCUAUCCUCAAACAUCUACAACAAAUCGCACGCCACGCUCAGCAAAGUCAAUUCGUACGACAAGCAGGCUUUCCACAGUGGCACUCCCCCUCCCUUCAACCACUUGACGGCCAAUCAGAAUAGCGCUAUGCCACAUCUGUACAUCCCCUCUGUGAUGGGGGCCCCGCAUCAGCAGCAUCAUUCAGCUGUUCUGCAUCAGCCCAUGCAUCAGAUGGAUAUGCGAAGCCAAGGAAGGCGCAGUACGGAUGGAGGCGCCGGCUCGGGCCCAAGAUCACAGACCUCCUCUCAGCAGAACAAGUCAGGUGCCAAGCAGAGCUACAACCAGUCGGCCUGGUACCAAAACUAAUCAACUCUCUCCUCACAACGUCGUCUCUGCUCUGUCUACUCUGUCAACUCAACUGCUCCACUACUCCACUACUCUUGUGUGAAGAUGGAACAAGAUAUUUGUAUAAUAAUAUGUAUCGGCUCAAAGCUUUGUACAUUUGUUGAAACAAGAGCGAAACCAUUUCGAUGCCUAGGCCAUCUUGAUAUACACUUUGAAACUGCAAUGUACAGUUCCUUUCCCCACUAUCGACAUUUUCCUUUCAAUUAUUGUAGAGAAACUAUGCAAUUUUCAUGAAAUGUUGAGACCUUUGCACUAAUUAAAAGGUUGUUUGUUGUCCCCCUCUUUCAGUUUUCACACAUUGAAUGUCGUUUAUUUGAAUACUUGUUCUGUUUGUUUGGACUUUGCUCACUGCAACUGCAACUGGAUGUAGGAGUAUGGUCACUAUUAUAAAUAAGAAUACUGUAUUAUAUGUGUAGUCUAGUUUUAAUUGUUUCUCACUUGAAAUGUGUUGAAACUCGGUGGAUUCUCAGUAAACUUUGAAAGUUGUAUUAUUUUCUUGCUAUAUUUUUCGAAUUAUCAGUAGUUUGCUUGGAUAUUAAAAUUUUACGUUUUAUGAAUAUUGAUAAAUACUAUAUUAUUGAAUAUAUUCGUUGAGCUGUUUGUUAUUAUUGGUUGUUUGUAAAAAUGAUACUAGAAAAAACUAUUGUUAGUGGCACAGUGCUCGAUACUCUGAAUAUUGAUUCAUUCAUUUAUUGAUUUACUUACUUUUAAAACCUGUGUGAGUCUAGAUGGUAAGACUGAUUUUUGUAAAAAUUUUUACGAUGUUUGUAGUAUUAAAAUUCAUAACUGUGCCCUUUUAAUUUACGUUAAUAAUUCGAAAUUUUGGAGUUAUAUUCUUGCUGCCACUAAUGUAUAGUUUUUUCAUGUUUAAUCGUAGUAAGACAGCCCAAAGAGUGCUUUAUAUCAUUAAUGAUCAAAUCUCACUGGUCAGUCUGUAAAUGUGGAUUAAUUAGUCGGUAAUGAAAAGAAAAAAAAACAGAAAAAAAGACUUGUCAAUUUAGUGUAAUUGAUUUUUUUGUUUUGAAUUUAGGAUUUUCCAAUCAGUUAACAUUCAUAAUUUAUAUUUAUUCCUAUUUAAUUCACUAUCAAAAUAAUUUAAUACAAAGAAUAAUUUACUAAAGAA